UAAUACAGUUUUUGUUUUCAAUUCGACUUAAUUUAUUGCAAUGCAAUUUUGACAUCCUGCGACUAUAAAGAAACAAGUUGUAAAUACACCCACAGACGUUUCUGGUAUUAUAAAGUGCACUUCAUAUUACAUUGAGGUAGUUACACAUUUGCGCAACAUACACAUACUGUUUCGGCACGCCUAAACCGCCGAGCAAACAUUAAUUGAUCUGUCAACUCGUUUCAAAUGUUGGUCCUUUCGAAGCGGGCUUACAAAAGCGAGCGGCGCCGCGGUCUCGCGCGCAGUCUACUAUCGAGUGUAUUAACCGUCGGUUACCAAAAAUUACUUGAUCUAAACAGUAUGCUAUCUAAAUUGUUUGUGGUGUUAGUUCUGUGUUGGGGAGUGCAGAGUUUCCCGGAUGGUGCGCCAGUGGACGCGUGCGUGAAGGAUCGUCCUAACCAGCCGAACCACGGGCAGCAUCGGUCGCAGCCGCUAACCACCCUGCCCUAUAGGGUUGUGGCUUCUUCAUCGGCUUAUGGACCUAACACUCCAAUUACAGUUACAAUAGAAGGAGUGGAGCCUUUCAAAGGUUUCUUCAUCCAAGCUAGAUCCGUGGAAACUGACGAAUGGCUGGGUUCAUGGGAGCAGGCGCCAAAUACUACCAUUCAUCCUGAGUGUGCAGCCAUCACCCACGCUGACCCGCGGGAGAAGACCCGGGCGACCCUCGUAUGGAAGGGACCAGCUAACUCGCAAGGCAGAGUGUACUUCACGGGAACCGUUUUGAAGAACUACGGCACUUUCUGGGCGAAUCUGAUCGCAGAGGCGCCACAGGAACCCGCCCAACUUCAGUUACUUGGCUGAUGUGUCGUGUGUUGCAUUUCCGUAAGCAUAUCACUCCAACAAUAGAAAUGUAACGAUUUCCUUUAAAUGGGUGAAUAUUGGUUUAAUAAGAGACUGUUGUCACUGUGUACUUUGAUUAUAAGUAUUGUACUAGUUUUUAUUUAUUAGAAAUACAAGUGUUCUUGAUUUUAAGUUUUAGAUGUACGAAUAAAAAGAAAGAGAUUAGUAUAAAUAAGUUUUAUUAUGUAGAGUUAACAUAAAUGCUUUUCGCAGAGUUCAUUUCAUUGAAUAAAUACAAAAAAUACAUUA